UGGAUUUUUCACUUUUUCGUUCAUAAAAUUAACCACGUAAAAAUGGUAUGUGGCGCUUAAAUUCGGAUGCGGACAAGCGGGAGGCUGCUGCUGUGCGGCGUAGUCAAAGUGGCAACCGAACGGAGGGUGCACUGCCAGAAACCCCUACCAUUGCCCGAUAUUGGUCAGCGUGUUCCGCAUGAGGGCUGUUGAGGCUCACUCCCCUUUUCCCUCAAACACGGCCCGUAGUGUGAUUCCAGAAAAAGAUGACUCCACCACCCAGCGAAGGACAGCCCUACAAGGUGGUACCGAUCCAUAAACAUCGCGAGCUGAUGGACCAGUGCAUAGCGCUCAUCAAUUCCGAGUGGCCUCGCUCCUACACGGCCCGGCUUUGGAGCCUGGAAUCGUCGAAGGAAACACUGCCCACAAGCUUCGUGCUCACGGCUGACGAUGGCAAGGAAACGGCCGUCCUUGCACACGCCAAACUUUCGCCCAUUCCAGCCGAUCCGCAUGCCGUGUUCGUCGAAAGUGUGGUAGUGGCACGAGAACGCCGCGGUCAAGGCAUUGGCCGUUUGCUAAUGCGAGAGGUGGAAAAUCAUUGCUUCAAGACCCUGCGGCUAGACAGGAUAUAUCUGUGUACGAUCGACCAGCAAGCAUUUUACGCCAAGCUUGGUUACGAGUUGUGCAAAGCGAUCAACAUUUUCGGAUCGCGGCCCACGUUCAACCAGAGCACAAAGAAAACGUGGAUGACUAAAGGAGCACCAAGCAAGUGAAUAAGGAGGCAUCUCUAAUGGCGGCAUAAGUUAAAGCGGGUAACGAGAAACGGAAUGUAUUUAUCGGCUUCCGACGCUUCGAGCUCGAGGGCGCGGGUUCGGUGGAAGCUAAUUUAUUGUAGGUGAAUUAGGGUAGAAGCACGCACAGUUACAAAACUCUAGAUGAAAUGUUAUUUAUUCAAAUGAGCUCUAAUAAUAAAUCGUAACGGUAACCGGAA